GUUUUUUUUUUUUUUACCUCCACAAUGAAACCUAUUAUAAAAGGAAUUGAUCAUGUUGUCAUCAAUGUUUCCAAUAUGGCAAAAUCAUGUCAAUGGUAUGAAACUAUGUUAGGCAUGAAAGCACAUAUCUUUACAUCCCCUUCAGACCCCAGUAAGAAAAGAUAUGCACUUCACUUCGGAGACCAAAAAAUCAAUCUUCAUGAAACUGGUGGUGAUAAAGUGAUUCCUAUAGCUCAACAUCCUCAAUUAGGGAGUACAGAUCUUUGUCUUUGGACAGAUCAACCUGUUCAAUCCAUUCUUGAACAUUGGCAACAACAUCAUCAUCAAUUCUCAAGCGAAGGACCUUUGGUACUGGAAAAUCAUCUUUCCGUUGUAAAAAGAACGGGUGCUACAGGCGAAUUAACUUCUAUCUAUAUUUAUGAUCUAGAUGGGAAUUUGAUUGAGGUCGCCAAUCGUACAAAUGGGUGAAAGUUUCCCCUUUUGUCCCUGCUCUUCUUUCAUUCUCAGCUUACUCAUGCAAUUAGAAUAAAGGUAGAAUUUUUUUUUUUCUUUCAAUCUCU